CUAAAAUUGAAGUGUUUAUUCAUAUAAUCGUCGUCACUGGGCGGGGCGUAAAGCAAGCACAAGCUGCAACUCUCUCAUAAUCAUCUGAGCCUCUCAAGCCGGAAAUUCACCUCCAAUAAUGAACCCAACCCAAUCCUACAAAAAUCGGUCUCCUCCGGCCAACACUAAAAGGACCAGCCGGUUCCGUCCAACGACAAUCCAUCUGCUAGAAAACGACAUCCUCUGUAUAAUCUUCUCCUUCCUCGACUUUUUCGACCUCGUUCGCUGCUCUGUUGUUUGCACCUCAUGGAAUGCAUUGAUCAAGAAUUCAAAGUUACUGCAGUUACUUUAUUUGAAGCAGCACCAACUAGAGAGUAAUGGUAUUAAUAAUGGUGAAUUAGAGGAGACAAUAAGUGGGUUUAUAGAGGAGUUAGCUAUGAAGCAUCAUAAAGAAGCUUUAGUUGAGCCUGAUUUUGUUUAUAUUGACAAAUGGAAAGGCCAUUCGCUUGGCUUGUUUUCAAUUAGGAUUGACCAGUGCCGUAUGAAGAUGGGCUUGCUUCUUACUGGUGUGGGUGAUAAGGUUAUUCGUAUGUGGUCAAUAGAAAGCUACAAAUGCGUGGAAGAAUACUCCAUUCCAAAUGCAUUCUCCUUAGCUGACUUUGAUUUUGACGAGAGCAAGAUUGUUGGUUUGAUUGGCACGCGGCUAUGCUUAUGGAGGCGCAAUGGGAAGACAAGUACAUUUUUAUUACAUGAAGGCACUCAUACGAAGGGUCUAUGCAUGCGCUACUCUGAUCCAGAAGCAGUCAUUGGAUGUGACGAUGGAACAGCUCAUGUUUUUGACAUGUACAGUAAGAAAUGUUCUAAUAUCAUUAGGAUGCAUAAUGAGCCUGUGACAUGCUUGGCUUUGGGUGAUGAUCAGUUGAUUCUUGGUGGUUCCUCAUUAGGGAGGAUCACGGUAUCUGAUUAUUCUUGCGAUCAGAUAGCUACACUAAAACCAACUGAUUCUCUAGGCAUCAAGACUUUGUGUUUCGAUCCUCGUACUUAUCAGGUGUUUGCUGGAACGGCUGGCGGAUAUGCAUCUUGUUGGGACCUUCGGAUGAUGAGACGAUUAUGGCAAACUCGAGUGAGUCCAAAUGUUAUAUACUCGCUGCAGCAUCUAAGUACUGACAAAUCAACAUUAGUAGCUGGCGGAAUAGACGGCGUGCUGCGUAUCCUUGAUCGAAACAACGGUGACGUUCUCACUAGCUAUAUAAUCGACCAAGAUGCUGCAUCGAGUUCCUCCGGAUAUGCACAUGGAGCUAUUGAAAGAAGAAUAGGGGUAAAACUUCUCAGCGAGACCGACAUUGACCAAAUUCCGAGAAGUUUUAGACCUUCAAUUACAUGUCUAGCUGUUGGGAUGAAGAAGGUAGUCACAACUCACAAUAGCAACUACAUCAGAGUAUGGAAAUUCAAGAAAUGAUACACUGUUACUUUGUGAGUAGAUUACUGAUAAAUACCAUAGAUUUGUGUUAUGGUUUCUCGAUUCCGUUGCAAAAUUGAUUUUGUAGUUAAUUUUAGAAGAAUUUAACAAUUUCUGAAAAUUAGAGAAUGGCUGAUCCAAAAUUUAGACGGACUUUCAUUUAGAGGUUGCAAAUCUUCCACCUGAACUGUAUUUGAGGUUAGCAUCACUGACUUUCCUGUCUGUAUAACAGUUCAUUAUAUACAUAUUGUUUUAUACCUUCUGUAAAA